AUGACACGGACGUGCGCGGUCGAGUACCGCAGCCUCCGCUCGUCGCUCGUGAACCUGCCCAUCUCGCUCUACGGGCCUUUGCUUCAGCGCGGCCAGCGCCCGCAGUCCGUCGCCGUCCACCUCAAGUCCACCAAGCAGAAGCCGGCCGAGGUCUAUGUCGGCUGGACGGGGCUCGCGUCCGCCUCGUCCCUUGCCCACUUUAACUCUGCGUCGGGCGAGGGGAGACUCGAGACGGUCGAGAUUGACCCGCAGUACGCGCAGUCCGUCGGGCUGUACAAGGGCGCUGUCGUCGAGAUCGGUCUGCUGUACGACCUGCCCUCUGCUGAUACUGUCGUCGCAGAACCAGUCACCGCAGACGACUGGGAGAUUAUUGAGCUGCAUGCCGCCCACUUGGAAUCCACCCUCCUCUCGCAGGUCCGCGUGGCUGCAGUGGGUCAGGAGAUGGACGUCUGGGUGCAUGGCAGGACAAGAGUCCGGCUCAGCGUCGUCUCCCUGAUCCCGCCACGAACCACACCCGCUCUCCUGACUUCCUCCACACAGCUCUCCAUCGCACCGAAGCCCCGCUCGACCAAGCAGCCCCCCUCUUCUGCAUCCAAGCAGCCUUCCACCGCCCCUCCCACCACUACCGCCUUUUCUUCCCCCCCGAAACCAAAAGCCCCGCCAUCCGCCACCUCUUCAUCGAAUCUCACCCUGCGCGUCCUCCCCGCCCGCCUGGUCCCCGACCUCCCGUCUCCGGCCGAGCCCAAGCCCGUCAUGUACGUCUCGCCGUGGACGUUCGCGACGCUCAGCGGGCAGCCCUGGCCGUUCCCCCCAGACCAGUCUGCCAUGACCAAAUUCUUCGUUGCAACGUACCGACGUGGCAAGGCUCCCGUCGACCCCACCGCUCCGCCACCGGCAGCAGAGCCGCAAGCGAAAGUCCUCAAGCCGACCGAAGUUUCCGAAGGGAAGGAAGAGGGGAAGGGGAGUGAGCGAAGGGAGGUGGUGCUCACGUACUGGAACGAUAUCGUGGACAUGCACGUUGUCCUUGUGGGUGGGGAGGAGGAGAUGGGCGUGGACGAGUGGGAUUUGGUCAGGCUCACGCUGAUAUCCCCGUAUGCGCCGUCCUCGCACCCGCCUCCGCCCCCUCCAGUCUUCAACACUCAUCUUAGACCCCCACCGCCCUUCGACCGCGCCAGGAUCGCGCCCCACCUCUCCGGCAUCGACGCACUCCUGAAGCGCCUCGUCGACUGGUGCAUCAACACCUACCUCCUGCACCUCGACGUCGACGUCGUGCGCGGAGUAUCCACGCUCCUCCUCACCGGGCGCUCCGGGUUCGGUAAGACCGCGAUCGCAAAGGCGGUCGCACACGCGAUCCAGUCGGACCCGCGGACGUAUGCGUACACGCUGUACGUCGACGCCGCGCGGUACGCCGCCCUCCCCGUCGCGUCCCUCAAAGCGCUCUUCAAGUUCUGGUACGCCAAGGCGGCGUGGCACCGCCCCGCCGUCCUCGUGCUCGACAACCUCGACAAGCUGCUCCCCGCGGAACUCGAGCACGCGGACCCGACGCGCACGCGCCACCUCACGGAGCUCUUCCUCCACUUUUACGGCCGCUCGUCCCGCUUCGCGGCGCCCGACACGGCGCGCGUGCUCUGCGUCGCGACGGCGGAGAGCCAGAGCGCGCUGCACGCGCUCCUGAGCCAGAUGCACGUGUUUGCGGACGUGGUGGAGAUCACGCCGCCGGAUAAGGACGCGCGGAGGGAGAUCCUGGCUGCGCAGGUCCAGCGCCGCUUCGCGUCCGCGGGCGACCUGCGCGAGGACGCCGAGGCGCCGCUGAACUAUACGGUGCUCGCGACGCAGACGGAGGGCUACUCGCCCGUCGACCUCGCAGACCUCGUCGCGCGCGCGGUGCACCAGGCGCUCAUCCGCGCCGGUGCCACCGCGGACGCGGCGCAGGUCACGCUUGUCCACGCGGACUUUGACGCGGCGCAGGUGGAUUUCACGCCGCUCUCCCUGCGGGAUAUCAAGCUGCAAAAGUCGGACGUUGCGUGGGCGGAUAUCGGAGGGCUGAGGGAGACGAAGCGCGUGCUGAGGGAGACGAUCGAGUGGCCGACCAAGUAUGCGCCCAUAUUUGCGCAGUCGCCGCUGAGGCUGCGCUCGGGGCUCCUGUUGUACGGAUACCCGGGGUGCGGCAAGACCCUCCUCGCGUCGGCCGUUGCGCGGGAGUGCGGCCUGAACUUUAUCAGCGUCAAGGGCCCCGAGCUGCUCAACAAGUACAUAGGCGCGAGUGAGAAAUCGGUGCGGGACUUGUUUGACCGUGCCAGUGCGGCAAAGCCUUGCGUUCUCUUUUUCGACGAGUUUGACUCGAUCGCGCCAAAGAGAGGACAUGACAGCACCGGCGUCACCGACCGCGUGGUCAACCAAAUGCUGACCCAGCUGGAUGGUGUCGAGGGCCUGACGGGUGUCUACGUCUUGGCCGCCACCAGCCGUCCUGAUAUGAUCGACCCCGCGCUCCUUCGCCCCGGACGGCUUGACAAGGCAUUGCUUUGUGACAUGCCGGACAUGGAGGAUCGUCGAGACAUCCUCGGAGCUGUCAGCCGCAAAGUCACCGUCGCACCAUCCGUUGAUUGGGACGAGAUUGCUUGUGAGACGGAGGGGUUCUCCGGCGCCGACCUGCAGGCGCUCGUGUACAACGCGCAUCUGGACGUCGUGCAUUCGAACAUCCCCAACGGCGUGGCUUCGCGGGUAGGCGGCGACGCAUGCAACGACGAGGUAGAGCUGGAGUAUACCGUACUUGGCGGCGCGGCAACGACAAAGGUCGUGUCCAAGGCUGAAGAGGCUGCUAUGAAGCGGAGAUUGCGCCAAAUAGUGGCAGAGAAAUCACACCAGGAAAUCCAGAUGGAACAUCUGCUGCGCGCGCUGAAGACGACGCGGCCGUCGGUCUCGGAUGAGGAGAGAGGCAGGUUACACCGCAUAUACCAAGCGUUCACUUUGGAUCGUAGUGGCGACCUGCCGGUACCUCCGGACGCGGGGGGAGUGGGACAGAGGGUCUCCUUGAUGUAGAUGCGGCUGGCGCAAUACUUAUCAGCUGACCUGGAGGGAUGUUCAGGUGCAGUCUUACUGCGGACACCCCCACUGGAUCGGACGGCUGAAUUAAAUGCAACAAAACGAUAUACAUUGUCGAUAUAAUAAUAAAAACUGCUUUUCUUCGCGAGCAUCCCGAC